AUGUCACAAGAUCGCCAAUCUAGCCAUGACAGCUUUGACGUUGACGAUGUCCUUCAGAAGGCAUCUACAGUAGAAAAGAUAUCUUUGCUUGCUGGAAGCGACUUCUGGCAUACAACCCCUCUUCCAAGAUUCAAUGUUCCGACCAUCAGGCUCAGCGAUGGUCCCAACGGGAUAAGAGGCACAAAAUUCUUCAACGGUGUGCGGGCAGCUUGCCUGCCCUGCGGUACCGGCCUCGCAGCAACAUGGGAUCAAUCCCUGAUGUACGAAGCCGGCAUUCUCAUUGGGGAAGAGUGCAAGGCCAAGGGUGCUCAUUGCUGGCUCGGACCAACAGUAUGCAUUCAGCGGUCCCCUCUUGGAGGUAGGAGCUUCGAGUCGUUAUCCGAAGAUCCAUAUGCGACCGGCAAGCUGGCUGCAGCUUAUAUCAAAGGUGCCCAGUCAACGGGUAUAAUAUCCACAUUAAAGCAUUUUGCGGCAAAUGACCAGGAACAUGAGCGAGUUGGCGUCAGUGCAGUUAUAUCUGAGCGAGCACUAAGGGAGAUACACCUACUACCGUUCCAGAUUGCGAUCGCUGACGCGAAUCCUGGAGCGAUCAUGACCUGCUACAAUAAGGUCAACGGGGAGCACGUUUCGCAGAGCAAGCAAAUGCUAGAUGAUCUUCUCCGUGGAGAAUGGGGGUGGAAGGGCUUGGUCAUGAGUGACUGGUUUGGUACAUACUCCACAGCCGAAUCUCUCAACGCUGGUCUCGAUCUGGAGAUGCCUGGACCUUCGAGGCUGAGAGGGCCUUUAGCAGACCUUGCAAUUUCGAGCCGCCAUGUUUCCCGAGCUACUAUUGAUGAGCGAGUACGAAAUGUCCUCGAGUUCGUUCAGAGGGCCACCAAAACAGCGGUGGCGUCGGAGGAGAGCACUCGAGAUCUCCCCGAGGACCGGAAACUGAACCGAAAACUUGCUGCAGAUAGCGUGGUCCUUCUCAAGAACGAGUCAAAUUUGUUGCCUUUGGGUCAGAAGCCCUUCAAGAGCGUUGCCUUGAUCGGACCCAAUAUGAAGACCGCGGCCUUUUGUGGUGGAGGUUCCGCUUCCCUUCAUCCAUACUACACCGUUUCGCCCUACCAAGGAAUCAUUGAUCAGCUACCCGAGGAUGUCGAAGUACUAUACCAGCCUGGCGCCAACGCUUACGCUUUUACCCCGGAGCUGUUGGCUGCAGAUGUGCGGACCCCAAGUGGAGAGCCAGGCCUCCGAAUGCGCUUCUACCGAGACCCUCCCUCCGUGCAAAAUCGUACCGUGAUUGAUGAGGCUGUUCUGACAGAAUCUUCAUGGCAUCUGAUGGGUUUCUCUCAUCCCCAGCUAGAGAGGCUCUUCUAUGCUGACGUCGAGGAUGAUCUGAUUGCCCCCGCUACUGGCACCUUUGAAUUUGGGUUGGCUGUUUAUGGUUCUGCCAAUCUUUAUGUCAACGACGAGAUUGUCAUUGAAAAUAGCACGGUGCAGCGAGGGGGUAAUUUCUUUUUCGGAAAGGGAACUCUCGAGGAGAAAGCCACAGUCGACCUUGUCGAAGGCCAAUCUUACAAACUCAGAAUCGAAUUUAUCAGCGGCGUUUCAUCUAAGCUCAUAAAGCCUGGCGUUGUCAACUUUGGCGGCGGCGCCGGUCGUCUGGGAAUGAUCCAGGUCAUCGACCCAGAAGUAGCAAUUGCACGCGCUGUGGAGGCCGCUCAGCGUGCGGAUGUCACGAUCCUUUGCGUCGGAUUGACCCGUGAAUUCGAAUCCGAAGGCUUUGACAGGCCCAAUAUGGACCUUCCAGCAGCUUUGCCUCCUCUAAUCACAGCUGUGCUCGCCGCGGCGCCUGAAACUAUCCUUGUCACCCAAAGCGGCUCACCUUUCAACAUGCUCCCUUGGGCUGAAACCGUGAAUACGCAUUUGCAUGCCUGGUUUGGCGGAAAUGAACUAGGUAAUGGCCUUGCGGAUGUGAUUUUUGGCGCUGUCAACCCCAGCGGAAAGCUACCUCUCUCGUUCCCACGUUGCAUUGAAGAUACGCCGACAUACCUCAAUUUCGGCAGCGACAGGGGCCAAGUGAUGUACGGUGAGGGGAUUUACGUUGGAUACCGAUACUAUGAAAAGCUUCGUAAAAACGUGCUUUAUCCAUUCGGAUACGGAUUGUCGUACACAAAGUUCGACUAUUCCGACCUCAGUGUCAGCGCUACCUCAGUUACACUGAACGUGUCUAAUUCAGGGGAACUGGCUGGAGCCGAGACCGUGCAGCUCUACAUCAGCCCAGACAAACUGGCGAGCAUCGCACGGCCAGUUAAGGAGCUCAAGGGCUUUGCCAAGGUGUACUUGCAACCAGGAGAAACGCGUCGUGUUGAGAUCGCUCUCGAUCGAUUCAGCACUGCUUUCUGGGAUCAAGAAUUGCACAAGUGGGUGUGCGAGAAGGGGCAGUAUAAGGUCUUGGUUGGGUCAAGCAGUCAAAAUAUUCUGUUGGAAGGUGUUCUUGAUGUUGAGGAGACGACGAUGUGGUCUGGUCUGUGA